UCCCCCCCCCCCCCCACCCCCCCCCCCCCCCACCCCCCCCCCCCCCCACCCCCCCCCCCCCCCACCCCCCCCCCCCCCCACCCCCCCCCCCCCCCACCCCCCCCCCCCCCCACCCCCCCCCCCCCCCACCCCCCCCCCCCCCCACCCCCCCCCCCCCCCACCCCCCCCCCCCCCCACCCCCCCCCCCCCCCACCCCCCCCCCCCCCCACCCCCCCCCCCCCCCACCCCCCCCCCCCCCCACCCCCCCCCCCCCCCACCCCCCCCCCCCCCCACCCCCCCCCCCCCCCACCCCCCCCCCCCCCCACCCCCCCCCCCCCCCACCCCCCCCCCCCCCCACCCCCCCCCCCCCCCACCCCCCCCCCCCCCCACCCCCCCCCCCCCCCACCCCCCCCCCCCCCCACCCCCCCCCCCCCCCACCCCCCCCCCCCCCCACCCCCCCCCCCCCCCACCCCCCCCCCCCCCCACCCCCCCCCCCCCCCACCCCCCCCCCCCCCCACCCCCCCCCCCCCCCACCCCCCCCCCCCCCCACCCCCCCCCCCCCCCACCCCCCCCCCCCCCCACCCCCCCCCCCCCCCACCCCCCCCCCCCCCCACCCCCCCCCCCCCCCACCCCCCCCCCCCCCCACCCCCCCCCCCCCCCACCCCCCCCCCCCCCCACCCCCCCCCCCCCCCACCCCCCCCCCCCCCCACCCCCCCCCCCCCCCACCCCCCCCCCCCCCCACCCCCCCCCCCCCCCACCCCCCCCCCCCCCCACCCCCCCCCCCCCCCACCCCCCCCCCCCCCCACCCCCCCCCCCCCCCACCCCCCCCCCCCCCCACCCCCCCCCCCCCCCACCCCCCCCCCCCCCCACCCCCCCCCCCCCCCACCCCCCCCCCCCCCCACCCCCCCCCCCCCCCACCCCCCCCCCCCCCCACCCCCCCCCCCCCCCACCCCCCCCCCCCCCCACCCCCCCCCCCCCCCACCCCCCCCCCCCCCCACCCCCCCCCCCCCCCACCCCCCCCCCCCCCCACCCCCCCCCCCCCCC